AUGGGCGUCCUGGACGCCUGGUCCAACUCCGGCGCAAAGUAUGGGGACGACCUGGAGAGCGGGGGCGGCCUGCUGUACCCCGGCAUCGAUGCCACCGACAACUCCCUGCGCUGGGGAUUCGUACGAAAGGUGUACGGCAUCGUGACCAUCCAGCUGGCACUGACUGCCGCCGUGGCGCUGGUGGUGACGUUGGUGCCCUCCGUUAACGCCUUCCUGGCGCGGUCCCUGGCCGCCAACAUCGGGCUGAUGGUGCUGAGCCUGCUGGCCCUCAUCCCGCUCUUCAUCUACAAGGACCGCCACCCCCUGAACCUGGCCCUGCUGGGCCUCUGGACGCUGACCAUGGCCACCACGGUAGGCGUGGCCUGCUCCUUCUACGAGCCCGCCAUCGUGCUGGAGGCGCUGGCGCUGACCACCACCGUGGUGGCCGCGCUCACCGCGUACUCCUUCUGGGCCACGGCGCGGGGCGUGGACUUUUCGCCGGUGGGCCCGCUCCUGGCGGGCCUGCUCUGGGCCAUGCUGGCCUGGGGCCUGUUCCAGAUCUUCUUCCACCCGGGCCCCGUGGCGCGCACCAUCUUCUCCCUCCUCGGCGCCCUCCUCUUCUCCGCCUACCUCGUGUUCGACACCCAGCUCCUCAUCCAGCGCGUGGGCCUGGACGAGUACAUCUGGGCCAGCGUCAUGAUCUACCUGGACGUGCUCAACCUCUUCCUCUACAUUCUGCGACUGCUGGGCGACCGCCGGGAUUGA